UUGUAAAAAGACCCCCCAAAAUUUUGAACGGCCACUCCGCCUGCCGAUUUCUCUCAUCUCAGUCACCACCACCAUGGCGGCGGAGCCCGCCGUCGAUCUGCUCCGGAGGAUGCAGGACCAACGCGCCGCCAUCCAGCGCCGGAUCUCCCACGCCCAGGAGCGCGCCACCGCAACCGCCGCAGCCUUCAGCGCCGCCCUCCUCUCGGCGCGCUCCAUCGCCAACCAAACCGUCUCCAACCGAGCACAGCUCAAUGACCUAAAACAACAGCUCCGGAAAUUAGAAGCAGAUCUUGCACAAGCCCUCUCCGUCCAAACCAGCAAAAGGUCAAAACACAAGCUCAUGAGCGAAUCAAUUCUCAACACCACUGCAACAAAUGAGCAGCUUAGAAGCUUGGUCAUGGAUCAGAGGGCUAGAAGAGAUGAAUAUGUGAAUGCCAUAUCAAACCAACUCCAAGCUAUUGAAUCCCUUGAAGCUGAGAAUGAUACGAAAGGGGACAAGAACCUAGAGAAAGCGAUCAUGUGGUACGAUAAGUUUCUUGGUUUUCAAGUUGUUGGAGGAGAAGGGGUCAAAUUUGUGUUCAGCAAAAUUGAUGUGCAAAGUCCUGACAGGGAGUAUUCUUUUUGCAUAAAGCUUAUUGAAGAAAGAUACAUCUUAGUCCAUUGUGUUCCCUUUGUGGAUGGCUCCAAAGAAUUGGUGAAGGAUCUUAACUGCAACAAUGAUCUGUACAAAUUUGUGAGGACCAUGAGAGAGAGGUUCCAGGUUGCUACAAUUAGUGGAAACCUUUCGGCAAUCUCAUUUUGCCCUGACAUGUCAUCCAUAACAUCUUCAUCACUCUCAGCCUUAUCACUCGAUUCCAGAAGUGAAAACAGCACCAACCAAAGGCACACUCGAAGUCGGUCAAAGAAUCUGAAAAUUCCUACUAAGAAAGGACUAUCAUCCCAAUCAGCAGCAUCCCCUGGUUCCAUGGUACGUAACAUGCGUCGUUCCCCACGAAUAGUUGAACGCUGCUAAAGUUGCCAUCAGAUGGCUGGCUCCCUGUUGCAAAUUCAUCUGCGGCUGGGCAAACUGACUAGCAGGCAGCAGGAUGUACACUAGAUAAGACACAGCGAGAUCCAUGAUCCAUCUUGGAGGAUUAACCAUUCUCCAUGGCGACUUCCUAUUCUCUCUGUCCAACAGCAAUGGGCCGCGGAGAUCUGUACAGUAAAGUUAAAGCACCUCUGUGUGGGAGAUGAUUUGAUCAGGCAUCAAAUAUGAACUUUUGAGUCCCUCUGUUAACAACUUGAUACAGAGGCAAUGCUGUAUAAUGUUUUGUCUGCUGCUUGACAUUUCUAUCUCAAACUCCCAUUGUACCUCUCGGUUUCACUGUUUGUAAUUUUGCAUUUACCUAAUAUUCUUAAUAAACUUGGUAUUAUAAGCA